AAUCAGGGAUCCGGGCACAAAAGUUGUCAAACUUUGUCUUACCUUUUCCUGGAAAUGGGGGUUUGAAUUACAACAGAGGGAAGGUCUGAUGUUGUCUUUAAAUUAUAAGUUCAGGCAUUGUUCUUUACAGUUGUACUGUGACUACUGUCGGUUGGCCUCGGAGAGACUUACUUGUUGCUAUCAAUAUAUACCAACCGUUAGUAAAUGCCCAAACCGAUCAAUAGCAGUUGCAUUAAGAGAAGGGACCACUAAAAUUAAAAUAUGAACCCCAUUUGACUAAGGCCAUUGCAAGGAGUUUGGUUGAUAUCAGAAUGCAGAUGGUGGUGCCUGAACAACAACAGCAGCUGCCAGAUUGUUUAGGAUGCUUGGAAGGACGAGGACCGAACGUCGAAUCUUUGGGCUCCGGAGGAGCAGGACAUCAAAGAAGAGGACAAUUGUAUUUGGCCUGAAAUCGAGUAAUGGCAGUAGAGGGGUGCUUCUCAAGCUACUCAGUUCAGUAGUCGUGACUGGCGAUGAGGUGCUUGCUGUUCAUGUACAAGAACCCGAGCCAGAUGAUACUUUUGACUUGAACACCUUCCACAUCCAUGAGGACCUCUGCAAGUCCAAGCAGGUGGAUUUCCAUGUUAAGGUUUGUGUAGGAGAGUCUUACAUUUCUGAGUUAACCCAUCAGGUUCGAGUUAGCUUUGCUACCAUACUUGCCCUUGGAUGCAGCAGUUCAAGGCCGGAUGACUCAAUUGUUGCUAAUUGCCUGAAAAAAUUGCCUCCCACUUGUACUCUUCUGGUUACGGACAAUGGAGGAAGAAUACUAAUCCAGAGGCCAGGAACUUCUCAACAAGGCUCUAAAACUGAAGUCUUUCAAUCUACUGUAUCUUCUUCUACAACACACAUGUACCUUAAUAGAACAGGAACCCCCCAUCAUUUUCGGAAGUCAUUGACCAUGCCAUCUCCCUCAACAUCAACAACAACCAGGGAAGCAGAUAACAAUGGACAGAAAAUUUCCAAGAUGACAAUGCAGCUUCCCGACUUCAUGGAGGAGAAACUGUUCCAAAGGUUGGCACUUCUAGAAGCAAAGGGACUAGGCAAGAGGUUCACAUCAUCAGAGCUGAAGCUUGCAACCAGAGAUUUCAGCCCUGAAAUGGUGAUAGGAGAAGGUGGGCACAGUAAAGUGUACCGAGCCAACCUUGGGGAUGGUCGACUUGCAGCUGUGAAAGUCCUCAAGCCCACUCGGUGGUAUGCAGAGGAUCUCCUCCAAGAAGUAGAGAUAUUAAGUGAUGUAAACCAUGAGAACAUAGUUCAGAUUAUUGGGUACUGCUCUAACAGAGAGAUGCAUGCAGUUGUUUAUGAUCUACUAAAGGGAAGCUUGAAACAGAAACUGAGGCAACUCAGGUGGAAAGAAAGGAUGGGGGUUGCUAUUGGUGUGGCAAAGGCACUGGAGUACCUCCAUCAUUCUUGUGACCCCCCCAUUAUUCACAGAGAUGUGAAGUCAUCUAAUGUCCUACUCUCCGAAAAUUGUCACCCACAACUUUCAGAUUUUGGAUCAGCAAUGGUAUAUAAUAGAGCACAGCAAGUUUCAGCAAAAGUAAAGCCGCUUCGAGUUGUUGGGACCUUUGGGUACUUGGCCCCAGAAUACAUGAUGUAUGGCAAGGUAGAUGAGAAGGUAGAUGUCUACUCCUAUGGGGUUGUGCUUCUGGAACUCAUCUCUGGGAAAGAGGCUAUUCAAACAAAUCAGGCGUCUAAUCACGAAAGCUUAGUACUCUGGGCAAGGUCUUUACUCAGCUGUGGCCUAUGUGAUCGUCUGAUAGAUCCCAACCUGAAGGACGACUACAAUAAGGAAGAGAUGAAAACGAUGGUGGUUGCAGCACGCCUCUGCCUCAUGCAUUCGUCUUCUAGAAGGCCAACAAUGAAGAUGAUACUGCAAUUGUUUGAGGAGCCAGAGUACUGGCUAAAGAUGCAGAGGGACAGAGAGGAGCUCCUCAAGGGAAUUAGUUUCAAAGGUGAAACAGGCCAGUGGAGACAUGAUGACUUAUUCACAAAUGAUACUCUGGUUGCAGACGAUACCUAGUCAUUCUUUGUCAGCUUCUCAGUCAUGAUAUGUUCUAAUAUAUUUACUGAAUGAACAUAUUCUUAUUCAACCUAUCAUACUUCACAUAUACUAACAGGUUGGGGGCCCUGUCAUCUUAUAACCCCAUGUAAAAAAAUGCUUUAUAUCAGAUCCAUUUGCUUUCCCCCCAUGUAUUGUAUUCUCUGCAAUUUGAAAUGUAUAUAUGCUAAAUUUAAGUCCAAUAAAACGUCUUUUGCUAAUUAUUUUGAUGCAA